UAAGUUACACCUGCUACCUCAAUAUGGAGAAGAAAGUGGUCGUAGAUCACUAUCAGGUUCUUGGUUUACCGUCUGGUGAGGAAGGGGCCAAGCUUGAGGACAAAGAGAUCACAAAGGCGUACAGAGCAAAGGCUUUGGAGUUGCAUCCAGACAAGAGACCAAACGAUCCCAAUGCGAAUGCCGAGUUCCAAAGGCUCAACGCAUCUUAUGAGAUACUCAAUGAUCCAAAUGCCCGGAAACAGUUCGACUCUUCUCUGAGACUUGAGGACAAGCCUUCGGAACCAACACCAACCUCUGAACCACCACCAAGUAAGAAUGAGGAUCUUGACCAGGGUUACUUGUUUGUGGUUGGUUUGUUAAUCUUUGUUUUAGCCCCCAUGGUUUUUCCGGAAUCGAGAUCCAGAAGCAGUACGUCGAAUAGAUUAGGUUCUUAUAUAGAAGGGUUCUUUAAAUUACCCAAACGUGAAAGAUCGGAUCUCUGGUCGGGGAUGAUUCGACUAGGUCAAUAUUUUAAACGCAGACCACCUCCUCCUCAGGCUACCACCAAUCAAGAACCACAAGUAGAAGAUCACGAAGAUAAUCAUGAAUCACUAGUAGAGGAUCAUGAAGAUAUUGAGGAUUGGGUGAUGGUUUAAUAACAGAUAGAAGAUGGCUUUGAACCCUUGUUAUCUAUUCUCUGAGCUCCUGAAUUCGACAGUACAUAAAACUUUUUUAGCAGUGGAUUGACUAAUAUCUUUCAAUUUCAGUAUUCAAUACAUUUUUUCUGAUCAGCUUAUAUUCUUGA